AUGAUUCAUCAACCCGGAAAGCGUGUGGCGGUGAUUGGAGCAGGCAUCAGCGGUGUAUCGAGUGCCGCUCACCUGUUGAAACAUGGUCUUGACGUUGUGGUGUUCGAACGCUCCGGCAUUGCAGGUGGGGUAUGGCAUUUUGACCCCAGGUCUGCUCAAGAUCCGACGUAUCCCAACGAGCAGCCUUCGAAGGGAGACUAUGAAAUCAGGCCAGAACUGGCGUACAGCACGCCGCCUCCAACGCCGCCGGAAGACGACAAGGAGAAAGUCGAAGACCUUGAGAUAGCCCACGCACCGCCUGGGCCGUGUUAUGCCGGGCUGAGGAAUAACGUGUCGACGCGUGAAAUGAGAACGAGCCUGCAAGCUUGGCCGGAGGGAACGCCUGACAUUGUCAGCCAGAUUGUCCUGGAGGAAUACAUCCAGACCAUUGCACGAGAGCACGGCGUCGCAAGCGUCACACAGUACAACACCCGUGUCGAGGAUGUGCGCAAGGUCGGUUCAGAGUGGGUGAUUCGCACGACGACACUCCGCAAAGAUGCUGUACAUGGAACGCACUUGACGGAACGGCGGUGGGCUUUUGACGGCGUCGUCGUGGCAUCGGGGCAUUACCAUAUGCCUCGGAUUCCUGACUUUCCAGGGUUGCAGGCUUGGAAGAAGGCGUAUCCAGAGCGAGUCUGGCACUCGAAAAGGUAUCGCGAUCCUCGACAGUUCAAGGACAAGAAUAUCCUCCUGAUUGGCGCCGGUGUGUCGUCGUGCGACAUUGCAAAAGAAUCUGCGCCGUAUGCCAACCGCAUAUAUCAGAGUUCUCGUGGGGGAGAGCUAGACCUCCCGACCAGUUUUCUCCCAGAGAAGGCGACGAGAGUAGGUGGCAUUCGGUCGUUCGAAUUGGACGGCGGUGAGGGUACCGAAGAAGAUGCAACUGCACCAAUACCCGGGAGAAUCGUGCUCGAGAACGGCGACGAGCUAUCUGAUAUUCACGCCGUGAUCCUUUGCACAGGGUACAUCACGUCGUACCCGUUCUUUCCUCACCUUCACUCCGAUACGACGCCGGCACGCGAGGCAGACACCCAGGUGCUGGUGACGGCGGAGGGCGACAUGGUCCACAAUCUGUACAAGGACAUUUUCUACAUUGAGGACCCUUCGCUCGCGUUCGUCGGCGCGCCUUACCAUAUAGCGACGUUUUCACUGUUUGACUUUCAAGCCCAGAUCGUCGCGAGGGUCCUCAGCGGUAAGGCUCUGCUGCCGUCAUAUGAACAGAUGCGUGAUGAGUACGCGGAGCGCGUGAAGACCAAGGGCCUCGGAAGAGACUUCCACAGCCUCAGAGGUGACGGCCAGGAGAUCGGCUACGUGGCUGAUCUGGUUGCUUGGGCGAAUAGAGAUGCAGAGGAGCAGGGUAUAGAUGACAAGAUGCAGGGACAUACCGAGGAGUGGCACGCCGCCUACCUCGACCGGAAGAAGAAGAUGCAGCUGUUGAGAGGGCAGAAGGCCGUCGAGGAGAAGACUGCAGGUUAG